AUGCGUCUCGCGCCUGCUUUGAUCGUGGCUAGUAUUGCCCUGUUUACUGUCGUGCAUGCAGCGCCUCACGCCGCUACCAGACAAACUACGACCUCACCGGAAGAGCCUCUGGCAUCACUGCAAAGUCGAAAAGCAAAACCUAAGCCAAGACCGAAACCCCUAGUUCCACGGCCAUCGCCAGGAUCCCAGAGGCAUCCGUGA